UGGAGCCAUAAGCAGCUCCUGACCCACAUCCACACUGGGGGUGCCGUGGGACACUGCUGGCACCCACAGGAGGCAGGGGAGUGCCCCACACAGGGUGUGCCCCCAGAUCUGCCACAGACAGCUCUGCUGGGCACCACUGGAACUGGAGGGAAGCAGGCUGAGAGGGGGAUUAGCUGUCUUGUGAGGACGUAGCUGCUCCAAAGGAAGGAGCAGAGCACAAGAGACUGCUCGACAGGUGCUAGAUUCCUGCAGGCAUUGUCCUGUGCCCACCAUGGAGAAAAGAUCCAGCAGGACCUUCUAACCAGGCACCCUCACCCAGAGCCGGGAAGUGCCAGCCAGUGGGAGAAGGAAGCGCUGCUGAGGGAUCUGCUCAACCCUCGGGGGCUCAGCUUGUGCUCGGAGGCCAUCGCUGCGUUGCACAGGUUAGAAGAUGGGGAGACCUGACCCAGAAGAAGGGCAGCUGCCGGCUCCUGUGAAGCCCCCGGAUGGUGGCUGGGGCUGGAUCGUGCUCCUUGGCUGCUUUGUGAUCACCGGCUUCUCCUAUGCCUUCCCCAAAGCCGUCAGUGUCUACUUCAAGGAGCUCAUGAAAGAUUUCCACGUGGGCUACAGUGACACGGCCUGGAUCUCUUCCAUCAUGCUGGCCAUGCUCUAUGGGACAGGACCAGUGUGCAGCAUCAUGGUGAACCAGUUUGGCUGCCGGCCCGUGAUGCUCAUUGGUGGACUGCUGGCUUCUGCUGGCAUGAUCCUGGCAUCUUUUACCACCAACAUCAUUGAGCUUUAUCUGACAGCUGGCGUGCUGACAGGUCUGGGUAUGGCACUGAACUUCCAGCCCUCACUGAUCAUGCUGGGCACCUACUUUGACAAGCGCCGGCCUCUGGCCAAUGGACUGGCUGCUGCUGGGAGCCCUGUCUUCCUCUCCUCCCUCUCUCCUCUGGGGCAAGUCCUCCUGGAGAAGUUUGGCUGGCGAGGAGGGUUCCUUAUCAUGGGGGGCCUUCUGCUUAACUGCUGCACUUGUGGGGCAGUCAUGAGACCCCUGGAUAUGGGCAUGAAGAAGAAGAUGGGGAAAGCUCAGGACAAAUAUGAAGCCAAGGAGAUGCUGCCCAUAGGAGGGAAGUCAGAGGAGGGAAUCAGCACCACAGAUGGAACCAAGAAAGGCAAGAAAGUCAAGAAGAAGCCCAAGAAAGGAAAGAAGCUUCUGGAUUUUAGUAUCUUCUCCAACCGAGGGUUUAUCAUUUACACCAUUUCAAAGUUCAUCCUGGUCCUGGGUCUCUUCGUGCCCCCCAUACUGCUGGUCAACUAUGCCAAGGACACAGGCGUCCCGGACACCGAGGCCGCGUUCUUGCUCUCCAUCAUCGGCUUCAUAGACAUCUUUGCCCGCCCAGCCUGUGGCAUGGUGGCAGGGCUGAAGUGGGUCCGCCCUCACGUGGCCUAUCUGUUCAGCUUCUCCAUGCUCUUCAACGGCUUGACAGACAUCUGCAGCGCCAGGGCCAGCAACUACACGGGGCUGGUCAUCUUCUGCGUCUUCUUUGGCAUCUCCUACGGCAUGGUGGGGGCACUGCAGUUCGAGGUGCUGAUGGCCAUCGUCGGCUCCCAGAAGUUCUCCAGCGCCAUCGGGCUGGUCCUGCUCAUCGAGGCUUUCGCCGUGCUCAUUGGCCCACCCUCUGCAGGCCGCCUGGUCGAUGCUCUCAAGAACUAUGAGGUGAUCUUCUACCUGGCGGGCUCAGAGGUCGUGCUCUCCGCCCUCUUCCUGGGUGUGGCCAGCUACUGCUGCCUGAACCGAGGGAAGAAGGAGCCUCCCCCCGAGAACAACCCCACUGCGGGAGCGGGAGCGGGGAGCGACACCGAGGAAGCGGAGUCCGACGUGCAGGAAGCCGAGGAGCACAGCAGCGACAACCACCAGCCGGCCCACAGCACCGACAACGCCGUGGUGGUGGCCAGCGAGGAGGCCAACCAUGUGGCAGAGGAGCAGCGAGGGGAGGGAGGCGGCUGUCCCGCAGGGGACGGGGAGGUGCUGGCACGGGACGGCUGCAACGCUGACCAGAUGGUGGAGAGGGACAGUUUCUAGCCCGGGCAGAGAACAGGGAUGUAUAAAACUGGCCUUGGGUGCAAGCACCUCAGCAUGGGAGGGUAGGUGGGAUGCGGGGAGCAGAAAGCUGGGACAAAGGCAGAUGUAAGAAAUAAGAGGGAGAGGUAUAAGAAUAGCUGGUCCCUAUGUACAUAUGUCCACAACCUACCCAGUGAUACGUCUGCUUGCAUCCUGCACCCAUGCUGGUACAACACAGGCUCAGAGCAGCCCAAACACCAAAAAGAAAAAAAUAAUAAUCUUCUUUCCUCACUUUCAAACCAGCCCUGGAGAAAGUCUUCUGAAGAGGCUGCCAAGGACUCUCCUUUUCCUUCUGCA